AUGGCGUUCGGCGGAGCGCGUCGGCAGUUGGCCUUGGCUGUGGUGUCAAAGCGGUUGCUGUGGGGCGGCACGGUGGCCGAGCGCGUGGCAAUGGGGACAUCUGCUGGCGUUGCUUGGGGUUCAGCGUUGUGCACACGUGGAGCUGCCAGCAUCCUGGACGCGGAUGGCCACUCGGCAGCACACGGCCGCCUGAUUCCAAGUGGGGGAUGUUCACCAGAAUGGUCCCGAGAUGUCACAAGCCUUUCCAGGUGUACAAAGCUGUUCUCAAGCAAAAGCCAGCCCAAUGCUGAGAGUGCAAAAGCCAAAAUUGGCCCACUCUCACACCUUCAUGGUGCAAAUGGAGUCGAUGGAGAUGGCAAUAUUGCAAUGCAGCAACAGGAGUCUGCAAGGGGCAAAGUUGUGUUGUACAAAGGGCGUUGGAUGGUGCCCUUUUACAUCCUUGUGCGAUUGAAGGUGUUCCAAUUGCUUGGCUUUGGAUCACUGGUGGUACCCUUGAACACCUGGUUAGUUGAGGGGAGUCUUUCUCCAACAAUGUGGUUGCUCACCAUUUCCAUUGUGUUUGGUUCUGGCGCGGCAUCUACGGCCUUGUGGUUCUAUUCACGCAGGUAUCUAGGAGAACUGGCUCUGCUCAACAAAAGCACCAUCCAGUUGAGUGUCAUGGACUUUUGGGGAAACAGAGAGGAUAUAGCAGUGCGAGUGGAGGAUGUUGCACCCCCUCUAAUGGGAAUUUCGCCUCAAGCUCUGCAAUUGCUUGCAGAGCAGACCUUCAUCCCACUGGAUGUGCGUGGUCAGCGGCAGUUCUUCCUGUCUUUGAGAUAUGGGCACAUCGUCAACAAACAGGAGCUGAUGAAGCUGAUGGAUGGCAGCCUGGCGGAGCCUACGCAGAGGCACCAGGACGACACGGCAAGCAAGACGUUCCCGCAUGGGUCGUGA